GUUAUAGGCCACAUUCCAUUUCACCUUGCGAACACCAAAAACCGCACUGGUAUAGUCACUCAUUUUAUUUCAAAGUCUACCAACCAAAGGUCAGUAGAACUGAUAUGAACUGAACUGUAUUUGGAGAGGCAGUCAAUCGGGGUGGAGGUCUUGGUACGGAAAUACCAUGUGUUUACAUUUUUGAUGGUCCUCGGAAACACGUAGAUUUACUUGAACAAUUACUAGACGUUAGCAACAACCCAGCAAUA